GAGACAAUAACCCGCCAAAAACAUUCUUAUCGACUAUUCGAUCAUGCAACACAAGAAACCCUAGAAAUUCACACCAACCCUUAUUUCUAGUCGAUGUCUUCAAGCCACAAAUUUGUUGUAUUCUCCGCUCUCUCUCUCUCUCUCUAUAUCUUCCAUUUCCCUCUACGUUAUAUUUCCCAUUUGACAAAAUCAAAAUUAAUUAGUUCAAAGCCACCCUCUACCACCAAGCUCCCCCAAGCCACUCCAAUGGGUUCUCUCCCAUCUCCACCAAGAUCCUCAACUCCAUCACCUUCCUCACCAAACAACUCUCUGUCCAGUUACAGGGUUUGUGCCACAUUUUGCUUCAGAGAACCAGCGCCAAACUUGAACAUCUCUAACUGGAUAGAGUUCUACGACCCAUCAACCAACACAUGGACAUAUGCUAGCUCGAUCCCUGGCCUCACUGAGAACCAUAUCUUGAAGGGUUUUGCCAUGGUGUCUUUGGGUGACUCGGUUUACAUAAUUGGUGGCAGGGUUUGUUUCAAGGAGAGAGCUCACACGUCAGAUGAGUGCAGUGAGCUUGUUGACGUGGAUAUUGAAGUCUCUUCAUCUGUGUUGCGUUACAAUGUUGGGUCUGACCAAUGGUCAACGUGUGCGCCACUUGGCAUCCCGAGGUCUGACUUUGCCUGCACGGUUUCGGAGAACAAGAUCUAUGUGGCCGGGGGUAAGUCCACGCUAGCCUGCGCAAGGGGGAUUCCAUUAGCUGAGGUGUACGAUCCCGAGCUCAACGAGUGGACCCCUCUGCCUAACAUGAGCACAUUGAGGUACAAUUGCGUGGGCGUGACAUGGCUGGGUAAAAUCUACGUGGUGGGAGGUUUCGCAGAGAGGGCUGACUCAGAGCUGCCUCCGAUAAUGGUGCGCAGCUGUGCUGAGGUGUACGACACGCAAACAAGGAUGUGGGACCUCAUCGUGGGGAUGUGGCAAUUGGAUGUGCCACCAAAUCAAAUUGUGGAAGUGGAUGGGAGGCUUUUUAGCUCUGGUGAUUGCUACAAGCAAUGGAAAGGUCACAUUGAGUCAUAUGAUGGGAAGCUCAACAUAUGGAAUGAAGUUGAAGGGUCCCAAAUACAAAGUCUGAAUUCCCUGAUAUCUGCAUUGGGCACGCAACAUGAUCACAAUUGGGCACUUAGCCAGAGGCGUUACCUAACAAUGGCACCCAUUGGACUUAACUUGUACUUCCUGGCAGGGUAUGGCAUAUACAGAGAAUUCUCAAGAACAAUGUCGAUUGUUCAUAAAUUUGAUAUCUCAGCGACCAGUGAUGCAUGGACGAGCAUGGAGCCGAUGGAGGAGGAUGGAGAGAAAGAGCUCUGUGGGCAUUGCUGUGUUGUUCAGCUCACAUGAUCAGCUGUUUUUUGCUACUAGCAUAGCAGAAUAGCAGAGAAAAAAAAAAAAAAAAAACAUAUUUUGGCACCUGCUUAAUAGUAGUUAAUUAGUAUGGUAUUAUGGAUUAAUAUUAUUGUUAUUGUAUAAGGUUUUGCUGACUGAUCUGUAAGUUUCCUCGGUAGAUGUCUUAAUUAGGUGUAUUAUGCCCAAGUUGUGAACUUCAUGGAGCAGUCCUGAUGAUUUUGCAUACCUUGUGACAAAAUAAGAAAAAUAAUCUGUUGCCUUUUAUUAUUCUUGCUGCUUUUUUCUGUAAUAUA